CACACAGACGGACAACAGACGAUCCGAUUCACCUUAAGAACAAAGCAACAACAACUUCCUCUGGUUCCUGAUGCGUGCUGCUUCAACCUGCUGAAGCUCCACACACUGAAGCUUCUCUCUGAGACCAAAUGGCUUCCAGAUCUGAGGAGGAUCUCCUCUGUCCGGUCUGUCAUGAUGUCUUCAAGGAUCCUGUUCUUCUGCCAUGUAGUCACAGCUUCUGUAAAGUCUGUGUGAAGAGAUGGUGGAGAAAUAAACAAGCUAAAAAAUGUCCAGUUUGUAGGACAAUAUCUUCAAGGUCCCAUUUACCUUGUAACCUGGUUCUAAAGAACCUGUGUGAGUCCUUCUUAUUGGAGAGAGACCAGAGAGCUUCAGAGACUCUGUGCAGUCUGCACUCUGAGAAGCUCAAACUCUUCUGUUUGGACCAUCUGCAGCCAGUGUGUCUCAUCUGCAGAGAUUCAAAGAAACACACCAACCACAGAUUCAGACCCAUCGAUGAAGCUGCUGUAGAACACAAGAAGAACCUUCAGAAACUUCUGGAGGCCUUAAAGGAGAAGUUAAAGCUCCUUGAACAAGUUAAAGUCAUGUCUGAUCAAACAGUAGAACACAUGAAGGUCCAGGCUCGAGACACAGAGAGGCUCAUUAAGGAUCAGUUUCAGAAGCUUCACCAGUUUCUGCAGGAGGAAGAGGAGGCCAGGAUCUCUGCUCUGAAGGAGGAAGAGCAGCAGAAGAGUCAGAUGAUGGAGGAGAAGAUGGAGCCUCUGAGCAGAGAGAUAGCAGCUCUUUCAGACACCGUAAGAGCCACAGAGGAGCAGAUGGGAGCUGAAGACAUCUCCUUCCUGAACCACUACAAGGCUGCAGUGGAAAGAAUACAGCAGCGCCCCCUGCAGGAGGACCACCAGCUGCCAUCAGGAGCUCUAAUAGACCAGGCCAAACAUCUGGGCAACCUGACCUUCAACAUCUGGAGCAAGAUGAAGGAGAUGGUCUUCUACACUCCUGUGGUUCUGGACCCAAACACUGCUUAUCCAAGACUCAUCCUGUCUGAAGAUCUGACCAGUGUGAGACCAGGAGAGAGACAGGAGCUUCCUGAUAAUCCAGAGAGAAUUGAUGAACACUACGCUGUUCUGGGCUCUGAGGGAUUUAACUCAGGGACUCACAGCUGGGAUGUUGAGGUAGGAGACAGUACAGUCUGGUUCCUGGGUGUGUUAGCAGAGUCGGUCCAGAGGAAGGGACGCUUACAGUCUGGAUUAUUGACAAUAUGGUUCUAUGACGAUAAAUACUCAGCAUCAUCACCAUCGGCUCCAUACACUGAUCUCAAAGUGCAGAAGAAGCCUCAGAAGAUCAGAGUGCAUCUGGACUGGAUUGGAGGGAAGUUGUGUUUCUCUGACCCUGACACUAACACACAUAUACACACCAUCACACACACCUUCACUGAGAGGAUGUUUCCAUACAUUUUCACAGGGGAUAAAGUGAAGAUCUCACCUCUGAAGGUCUGUGUGACUUUGGAACAGAGCAGAUAGAGAUGAAUAUCAUAAAUGUUUUCAUGAUGUUGUCUUUUUAACCUGUUGAGCUGCUCCAGUGCCCAGUUCCUCAUACGUAGUUCAACUAAGUCGAUCAAAUGUCCCAUGAUCCAUCUCAAAUUAACGAGAUGACUGACAUCAAGAUGUCUCUGUUCCCCAAAGGCGGAUCCACGCUCAAACCGUCACGUUGGUUUGAACCAGGUGUCCGUCAUCAGGACAAUCGUCUUACGUCAGAAGGCGGAAGAGUCGAUCACAGAAACAAAGAUUUUUUAACAGUACAACGCCAAGUUCUCUUUGUCUUCUUUUCUCCGCUGACGAGCAGGAGAUGAUAAUGAACGCAUAAGAGGAGAUAAUAUGUGUAUUUGAUUCAUUUCUGUCGGGUGAAUUGAACGUAUUUUACACCUUUUGUUCAUUCUGUCCGUCCAUCGCAGAGUCUGAUUGAUAGAUAUGAGGAUAUAUCUAUCAUACGUAUGUGUAUCUGAUGUGUGUAGAUGACCAUAAAGAACUAGGAGUUGUAUGUGUGUGAAUCUGUGUAUGAGCGGAUCAGUAUUUAUCUGUAGAACUUUACCAAGAGCAUGACAUGCAGCGGCUUUCCAGAUGUUCUCUGCAUGGCACCACUGUACGGACAUGUACAGUAUGACAGACAGUAUGAGAGACAGUGUGUGAGACAUGAGAGACAGUCCGUAUAGAGACCGUCUGUGGGACAGUGGAUGCUCGGCUGCAGCCUGUGGUGUUCAUGAGCGGAUGUUCUAUACUCCGCCGUAAGACACCUAGCCUUUAUAUACAGUAUGUCCAUGAUCUUUCCUUCAUCAAUGUGGAAGUGAACUGCCCUUUUUUUCCGGGGUAGUGGCGAACUAACCCAGCAUGUGUUGUUAUGGAGAUUUAGCCAAACCUGCUUCAGGGAACCGAAAAGCCUGAUCAUCUCAUCCUGAAAAUUAUCCAGCUAACUCAGUUAACCACGGACGAGGAACAAAAUGACAUUGAGACAAAGUGGCCUUAAGACAAAGUGACGUUGAGACAAUGUGACGUUGACUAUGUUACAUCUUCAUUUUAUGACUCUUUUGUUGUAUGAAUACAAAAAUCGUAUAUAUUAAUAAAGCAAGAAG